AGAAGCGACCCAUACGGACGCCAUAUUGACCAAAACAAAAUGGCAGAACAAGAGAAUAGUUGACAAAGUCUGCUGGCUUUCAUUGACAGAUGCCUUCCCGUGACACGGUAAAUCCGCAGCAACGACUAUUAAAUCUGCUCCUGUGCUCGCGGCGGUGGCCCCACUCUUCUUAAUUACUAUGAUCAAGUUCCUACUAAUGGUCAACAAACAGGGGCAGACUCGCCUAUCCAAGUAUUAUGAACAAGUGGAGCUUGGGAAGAGAACAGCUCUUGAAGCUGACGUGGUCAGGGGAUGCCUCGCCCGGAGGAAGGAAGAGUGUUCAUUUGUGGAGUAUAAGGACUACAAACUGGUCUAUAGACAGUAUGCAGCACUUUUCAUUGUUGUUGGCAUCACUGAGAAUGAGAAUGAACUCUCAAUCUUUGAGCUUGUGCACAACUUCGUAGAGGUGUUAGACAAGUAUUUCAGUCGUGUGAGUGAGCUGGAUGUAUCCUUAAGUAAAAAUACACAUUAUACAAGUAAUUUGGCUAUGAAUGUGUUUAGUAAUACAUGUGUGUUUAUAUGAGGGUUUCAUUCCUUAAUGCACAAUCAGAUCAUGUUCAAUUUAGAUAAAGUACACAUUAUACUUGACGAAAUGAUCCUGAACGGACACAUUGUGGAGACGAAUAAGAACCGGAUACUGGCACCACUACUGGCCCUGGACAAGAUGACUGAAAGCUGACUCAAUGAGAUUUAAUUAUUAUUCUGUUACAAAUAUGAAUAAAAGUUUCUCACUAGUGUAUACUUAAGGCUCAUCUUCCAUAAAAAUUGUUCAUAAUAUAAUUUUGAUGUGAUCUAAUAAUCCCAAUGCAUUGUCAAAGUUCCUCUUAAAAAAGGAACUGUCAGAAAAUCCCCAGAAGUAAAAACAACAAAAUGUAAAUCCCAUUUGGCACCAGCAGGAAAAAGCAAACGAGACUGCAUUGAUACUUUGCAAACAUUUUAAUGAUUAUUUUUGGAGCAUACACAUUUGAAAAUAUUUGUUUACUUCAAACUGCAACUUGAGUUAAAUAAAUGUUUAUAAUAUACAAAGAAAAUACAAGGGAAAGCACAGCUUGCUUUUUGCUUUGUCUUUUUUCUUUUUUUAAAUGUGCCUUGCACACAGAACCAGUGUUUCUGUAUCUAUAGCUUUAAUGUAAAAUUACACAAAUGCACUCAGGGACUUUGAUCCUUUAGGAGGGCGAUGAACAGUUGAAAACAUACUCACACAGUAACGGAAGCAAAAAAGAAAAUAACAAAAGCAUGUGCAUGAUUGUAUGUAGACAGAUUAAGUAAAACAAAUGAAAGGAAAAGAAAAAAUAAUCCUAAUAUCUCAACAAUGCAGGCACUAGUAAAACUUAAAACCUGUUAAGGAAAUGCCCAAACACUCUAUA